AUGAACAAUACAAACUUCAUGUAUCUCACAACACUUGCUCAUCAGCACUACCGAAAUUCAUCAACUUUUCAACUAAAAAGAAUUAAUAACAUGUUAUCAGGAGCUGUGAUACUAUGUGAUAUAUUGGGAUGUCUAUGUAUCAUAUUAAAUUUGUUUAUAAUCAGUAUUAUAAUUAGACAUCGAAAAAAGAUUCUCAAGAAUAUCUUUUACAUUCUGGUUUUUCACUGUUCUAUCGUGGAUUUGUUGAGAGGUUGUUGCCUAAUUAUUUGGGGCUUACCUCAUACUCUUAUCAGUAACUAUACUGCUAUAUAUGAUCGUCUGUUGAUUUUAAAGAUAAGCAAAUUCACAACUAUGAUAUUGCGUUCCUGUAAUUUACUUACAAUUUUCAAUUUACUGAUAUUCACUUGUAAUGAAUUUACUGUGGUACAUUAUCCAUUAUUUUAUAGACAUCGCUUCAGAAGACGUAUUGUUCUCAUUUAUUUGCUUUUUAGUUGGUUAAUAAGCUUCAUACCUGGUAUUGUUUCACUAGUGUUUUCGAAUUUUUUCAAAUCUUCGCAAGCAACUACCAUAAGUAAUGAUAAUAAUUAUCAAAGCAACGGAACUUUCUACAGCACUGGCAUGCGCAGUAAUUGGCGCAUAACGAAUCGUCGAACAGCGCUAAUGUUUGUCAAUAUUGCAUCAAUGUUCGUGACCUUUCUUUUCUGCUAUUUAAGCUUACUUAUUGUGCUGUUUUCCUAUGGUUCAAUAAUGUGUACAAUACGACGCCUUCGUAAAGCAAACUCUAUGAAUGAAGAUUUAUCUCUUCCACUCCGUUUAAAACGAAAUGUUUCAGUUUUUAAACUAACUUCGGACAGAACCAAUUCAUUGCAAUCUGUUUUCAGCAGAAACAACAGCGAGAAAAGUCGUCGUCAUUGGAAAAAUCAUUUGAUGUGCAAAUAUAAACACCUGGUUGUUAUUGGUACCGUUCUAUUUGUUUAUAUAUUAUUCCUGCUUCCUUAUUCGGGAAUUCAAUUGGUAGCAAUUCUUCAUGUCACUAAUGUUAUUGUUGUACCAUCCCAUUUUGCUCUUAUCAAAUGGAGUCUUCAGAUUCUCACUGGUUUGCAUGCUAUAUGCCAGCCGUUAUGUUAUUUUCGGAUGGUGGAAUUUCGUCUGUUAGCCUGUUCCGGUAGGCAAAUUAGACAGCAACGAAGCUUCAGUUCUAAUACAAUCUAUUAA